AUACUCAGACUCAGUCAAACUCCAUCCAUCCCAGCUUCCACGAAACUCACCCCCUUCAUCACACUGCCCUCCCUUUUUCAAUUCCUCCUUACCUAAACCACUGCCCCUCGUACUCACCACAACCACACCAGCAGACCCAUUCUCGCUCUCAAACAACGACCAAGACCCAUAUAUUCUCUUUCUUUCCUCUUUUGAUUUGAUUCCGUACGUCCAAUCUCGAACCACCACCGUGGCCAUGGACAAGACUCUCCAAGCCGUUCUCGCAGCCACCGGAAGCUUCUUCGCCAUAACCGUAAUCUUCGCCUCCGUCUACUUAAUCUGCAAGGGCGCCAAGUGCAAGUCGACCGGCUGCCGCCGCACGAACCGGGCAGUCCGCAACCGGACGACCCAGCUGACCAGAAUCACCGUCGACGAGAGCGCCUCCUUCGAUCCCUCUCUCAAGGUCUCCAUGGAUGAAGUCGUCAAGGCCACCAAGAACUUCAACAAGGACCUCGUCGUCGGCGACGGCGGCUUCGGCCUCGUCUACAAGGCCCAGCUCUCCGACGGCCUCAAGGUCGCCAUCAAGAAGCUCGAUCCCGACGCCUUUCAAGGCUUCCGCGAGUUUCGGGCCGAGAUGGAAACCCUAGGUAAGCUCCGGCACCCCAACCUUGUUAGGAUUCUCGGAUAUUGCGUGUCCGGCGCCGAUAGGAUUCUGAUUUACGAGUUUAUGGAGAGGGGAAAUCUGGACCGUUGGCUUCACGACUCCUCGUCAACGGACUUUGAUGGCUAUGAUGACACGUCUGGGUGUAAAUUACCGCUAUCCUGGAAAACGAGGAAUAAGAUCGUUAGGGGCGUGGCCAAUGGGUUGGGCUUUUUGCACAGCUUGGAGAAGCCUAUAAUCCAUAGGGAUAUCAAGGCUAGCAAUGUUUUGUUGGACAGGGAGUACGAAGCCCAUAUUGCGGAUUUCGGGCUCGCGAGGAGCAUCGACAUGUCGCGGUCCCACGUGUCGACGCAAUUUGCGGGUACCAUGGGGUACAUGCCCCCCGAGUACAAAGAAGGGUUCACGGGGGCGACCGUGAAGGCGGAUGUGUAUAGUUUUGGGAUUUUGAUGUUGGAGGUUGCGACCGGAAGACGGCCGAAUCUGCCGAGCGUGUUUGACAAAAAAGAGAUGGGAUUGGUGGAAUGGGCAAGGAAAAUGGUGGCCCAAAACCGGCAAAUGGAAAUGGUGGAUCCAAGUAUUUCAAGGGAGGAUUUAGAUGAAGGAAAUGUCAAGAAGUAUUUUGAAAUUGCUGGUGAAUGUGCUCAUGAGUCUUCAAGGCAAAGGCCCCCAAUGAAAGAUGUCAUUGAGCUGUUAAAGGAGCUUCCGACGUGAAUUAGCAAGGCAGUUUUUUGUGUUGGGAGUAAAAUUGUUUAAAGUAUUAUGCUAUUAGUUGUUUUAAUCGUUUGUAAAUUAGAUAUUGAACCAAAAAACAAUUAAGUGACAUGAAUAGAAGAUUUAGAUUGUGUGUGGUCUUUGGAUCGGAUAAAUCAUAUUUGUAGUUCA